AAAGGCCGUUGAAGCAAAAGCUUUUACACACAGGUUGGGGCAAAGCUAGAAGCACUUGAACAAAAGAAUGGCUAAUAAACCUGGCAUUCUCACUAACUGUCCAUGGGCAUGUCUUGGCAACUUAAAGUACUUGGUAUUGGCACCAUUUGCGUGUCACAGCAUAUACACAUUCUUCAUGAGCAAAGAUGAAAGUGAGAGGGACAUGUUCUACAUACUCUUACUCCCAUUAACUCUCUUCAGAAUGGUUCACUACCAGAUAUGGAUAUCUUUAUCCCGCUACAGGACUGCAAAGGGGAACAAUCGAAUUCUUGAUAGAAGCAUUGAAUUUGAUCAAGUUGACAGAGAAAGCAACUGGGAUGAUGAGAUCAUACUUUUUGGGUUGGUAUAUUAUAUCGGAUACUUGAUUCUGGAACAAGCUCAUCACAUGCCUAUGUGGAGGACCGAUGGGAUCAUUAUAACUGCCUUGCUUCAUAUUGGUCCUGUAGAGUUCCUCUAUUAUUGGCUACACAGAGCACUGCAUCAUCAUUUUCUCUACUCUCGUUACCAUUCCCAUCACCACUCCUCCAUUGUUACUGAGCCAAUCACUGCUGUAGUUCAUCCAUUUGCUGAGAUACUAGCAUAUUAUACACUCUUUGGCAUACCUGUAGUCACAACAUUAUUCACCGGGACUGCUUCUAUAGCUUCAACUGGUGCUUAUGUCAUCUAUAUUGAUUUCAUGAAUCUCAUGGGCCAUUGCAACUUUGAGCUAAUUCCUAAGUGGAUCUUCUCUGUCUUUCCCCCUAUCAAGUACUUCAUGUAUACGCCCUCGUACCACUCACUACAUCACACCCAAUUCAGAACAAAUUAUUGCCUUUUCAUGCCACUCUAUGACUAUAUCUACGAUACAAUGGACAAGUCAUCGGACACAUUGUAUGAGAAGUCACUUGAGAGAGAAGCUGAAGUGCCUGAUGUGGUGCACCUAACACAUCUAACAACCCUAGAAUCCAUCUAUCAUCUUCGACUUGGAUUUGCAUCGCUGGCCUCAAAGCCUCACACCUCUAAGUGGUAUAUGUUGUUAAUGUGGCCCGUCACACUAUGGUCAAUAAUGCUUACAUGGAUUUAUGGUUACACAUUUGUUGUUGAGAGAAAUUUGUUCAAGAAUCUCAAAUUACAAACUUGGGCUAUUCCAAAGUAUCGCAUACAAUACUUUAUGUACUGGCAAAGAGAGAGUAUUAACAAUAUGAUCGAGAAAGCCAUCAUUGAAGCAGAUCAAAAAGGCAUAAAAGUGUUGAGCCUUGGACUCUUAAAUCAGGCAAAGCAACUGAAUAGUAACGGAGAACUUUACCUAAGGAGGCAUCCUCAGUUGAAAGUGAAGGUGGUAGAUGGAAGUAGCCUCGCUGCGGCCGUGGUUCUCAAUUCCAUUCCUAAAGGAACUUCUCAAGUUGUCCUUCGAGGUCAUUUGUCCAAAGUUACUAACUCCAUUGCUCUUGCCUUGUGCAGAGGAGGAAUUCAGGUUGUCAUGUUAGACGAAGAAGAUUUCAAGAGACUUAAAGCAAAGCUUACCCCCAAGGCUGCAACUAAUUUGGUCCUCUCAAAAUGUUAUAAUGUUUCAAAGACAUGGCUAGUAGGGGAUGGAUUGAGCAAAGAUGAACAAUUGAAAGCACCAAAAGGAACAUUAUUCAUUCCUUAUUCACAAUUCCCACCAAGGAAAGUUCGCAAGGAUUGUUUCUACUUCAACACACCAGCCAUGAUUGCUCCAAAACAUCUUGAAAAUGUAGACUCUUGUGAGAACUGGCUACCAAGAAGGGUGAUGAGUGCAUGGAGAAUAGCCGGGAUUUUGCAUGCAUUGGAAGGUUGGAAUGAGCAUGAAUGUGGUAACAAGAUGUUUGAUAUUGACAAAGUAUGGAAAGCAAGCCUUCGACAUGGUUUUAGCCCAUUGACCACGUCUUCUGCUAUUGAAGCAAAGGCUUAAAAUUAAAACACACAUUGUCUU